UUUGGGCUACCCCCACCGCCACCAGGAGCCAACCCCGCCGACUACUACCACCAAAUGACGCUGAUGGCCGGCCACCCUAACCCCUACGGGGACCUCCUGAUGCAGAGUGGGGGAGCAGCCAGCACAGCCCAUCUCCACGAUUACCUCAGCCCCGUCGAUGUGUCCCGGUUUUCAAGCCCGCGGGUGACUCCGAGAUUAAGCCGAAAACGAGCCCUGUCUAUCUCCCCGCUGUCUGACGCCAGCAUUGACCUCCAGACAAUGAUCAGGACCUCCCCAAACUCUCUCGUGGCAUAUAUCAACAACUCCAGAAGCAGUUCAGCUGCAAGUGGUUCCUACGGCCAUUUAUCUGCUGGGACAAUCAGCCCGGCGUUCAGCUUCCCCCACCCCAUUAACCCCGUGACGUACCAGCAGAUCCUGACCCAGCAGAGAGGCCUGAGCUCAGCCUUUGGACACACUCCUCCCCUGAUCCAGCCAUCCCCGACCUUCCCCCCACGGCAGCACAUGGCGGUCAUCUCCGUCAACCCCCCGCCAGCACAGAUCAGCAGCAACAGCAACUGCAUCUCUGACUCCAGCCAGAGCAAGCAGAACAGCGAGUCGGCCGUGAGCAGCACAGUCAAUCCAGUAAUUAACAAGCGCAGCAAAGUCAAGACUGAAGUCGAGGGCUUGCCCCCAGCGUCCCCAACCACACAGGAGCAUCUGACAGACCUGAAAGAAGAUCUAGAUAAGGAUGAAUGUAAACAGGAGCCUGAGGUUAUUUAUGAGACGAACUGUCACUGGGAAGGGUGCACAAAGGAAUAUGACACUCAAGAGCAGCUCGUCCAUCAUAUCAACAAUGAUCACAUCCAUGGGGAGAAGAAGGAGUUUGUCUGCCGCUGGCAGGACUGCACGCGGGAGCAGAAGCCCUUCAAGGCUCAGUACAUGCUGGUGGUGCACAUGCGAAGACACACCGGAGAGAAGCCACACAAGUGCACGUUUGAGGGUUGCUCCAAAGCCUAUUCCCGCCUGGAGAACUUAAAGACACACCUGAGGUCCCACACUGGAGAAAAACCCUACGUCUGUGAACACGAAGGCUGCAAUAAAGCCUUUUCCAAUGCCUCGGACAGAGCCAAGCACCAGAACAGAACGCAUUCCAAUGAGAAACCCUACGUCUGUAAAAUCCCUGGCUGCACGAAGCGGUACACAGACCCUAGUUCCCUCAGGAAACAUGUCAAGACCGUGCACGGGCCUGAUGCCCACGUCACGAAGAAGCAGCGCAACGAUGUUCACCCGAGGCCACCGCCACUCAAGGAAAAUGGGGACAAUGAGGCAAGCGCCAAGCAGAGCAGCAAGGUUUCAGAGGAGAGCCCUGAGGCCAACAGCACCACGAGGAGCAUGGAGGAUUGCUUACAAGUCAAAACGAUAAAAACGGAGAAUUCUGUGAUGUGUCAGUCCAGCCCUGGUGGCCAGUCGUCAUGCAGCAGUGAGCCGUCACCCCUUGGCAGCACCAACAACAAUGACAGUGGAGUAGAAAUGAACAUGCACAGUGGGGGAAGUCUGGGAGAUCUGACAGCGUUGGAUGACAACGCUCCUGUUGUGGACUCAACGGUCUCAUCUGGUAAUUCGACAGUCAGCCUGCAGCUAAGGAAACACAUGACGACGAUGCAACGACUUGAACAGCUCAAGAAAGAGAAACUCAAGACAGUUAAAGAUUCCUGCUCAUGGGUGAGCCCAGCCCCACAAGCCAGAAACACCAAGCUGCCUCCCAUCUCAGGAAACGGCUCUAUUCUAGAAAAUAGUGGUGGUUCUUCUGCUACGCUGCCUAAUCCCAGAAUAAUGGAGCUGUCUGUCAAUGAGGUUACGAUGCUGAACCAACUCAACGAGCGCCGUGAUAGUACAACAAGCACCAUCAGCUCCGCCUACACCGUCAGCCGCAGAUCAUCAGGGAUCUCCCCGUACUUCUCCAGCCGCCGUUCCAGUGAGGCUUCUCAGCACUACAGGCUGAAAGCCAAGUAUGCUGCUGCCACGGGGGGCCCCCCUCCGACUCCCCUGCCGAAUAUGGAAAGGAUGACCCUGAAGAACAGGAUAUCACUUAUGGAUGGACCAGACCCCACCUUGCCCUCCAUCCGACUCCCACCGGGCCCCAGGCGUUGCAGUGAUGGUAACACCUAUGGCUACCCAUCAGCUGCAACGUUUCCCCAUGAGGUGCCGGGCAACUGCACGAGGCGGGCGAGUGACCCGGUGAGGAGACCUGCCGGCGACCCCCAGGCCCUCCCACGAGUUCACCGCUUCAACAGCACCAACAGCAUGAACCCCUUGCAUCCUCCACACCCCACAGACAGGAGGAAUUUCGGCCUUCAGAAUUAUGGGCGCUCAGACGGAAGCCUCCCCCGGCACACCUACUCACCCCGGCCGCUAAGCAUCAGUGAAAACAUCGCCAUGGAAGCCAUGUCUGGGGAGGCAGAGGCACCCGUUGGAGACGAUGACAUUAUGCUGCCAGACGAUGUGGUGCAGUACAUCAAAUCCCAGAGCAACGGGAUGGCGGCUGAGAGCACUUCUAUGGGGUACAGCAACGACAUGCAGGGUUUCCAGGGAAGCGGGAAGCUGCAGCCUCCAGCCUUGCCCGGCCAGCGUAGGAUGGCAGUGGCUGAGGCAAGUAUGAGCCACUUGGGACCCAUGAUGGCAGAGUGUCCCAUGAGCUUUGAUGCUUCCUCAGACAUGAAUAAAAAUAACAUGCCUGUCCAGUGGAAUGAAGUCAGCUCGGGUACGGUUGAUAUAAUGUCCAAUCAGUCAAAGCAGCAGUUUUCGCAAGGGAAUUUAGCGGUGGUCCAGCAGAAGCAGAACUUUGGUCAGUACCAGAACUACAACCAGCAGCAGAUGCAACUGCCAGAGAACAGCAUGAACGUAACACAGCAGAGCUUUAUGCAAAGAAAUGUGGGCAUGGAUGGGCAGAGGCUAAACUGUAUGCAGCUGCGGCAGCAGCCGAUGAGCCUAGGCCCCGGUAUGAACCCUGAUCUGGGCUUGCACACAGGGUAUAAUCAACCUCAUCACAUGCUGAGCCCCAGUGCAAUCAGUGGCAACCCAAAUCAGAUCUCUCCUUCUUGUAGCAACAUAGCAGCAAAGUCUGGACCGCACCUUCACCCUCAGCAAAUGGACAUGGCAACCGACCCUUCUUUAAUGGUCGGCAGCAACAGUGAGCGCACUAUGCUGGGCCAGGUCAUGCACGAACCAAGUCAGCAGAACUAUUCAUCUCAGCCGACCCACCUGAACUUCCCCAUGGGUCAGGAGGCCUUUCAUCAGCCCAUCAUGACCUCCAACCAGCCCAGCUUUGAGCCUCAACAGAGCAUGAUGGGCUCAGCCGCGCAGGCAUAUCCACCUGGCAUGGUCCAGCCUCGUCCUCCACCCGAGCCAAGCCCAGGCAGCAGACCCCGAGGCCUCCGCACCGUCCAGCAGCUGGGCUACAUGAGAACUCCUCACCCUACAAACACCAUCAGCCCGGGCCAGGAGGCGGCAGAGGCCGCGCAUAAAAGAACCAGCGACAUGUUGCCGGCACCAGCCCAGCAGUGUGCGGAUGGCACGAGGGAAAAUAAUUUGAUGUACUAUUACGGUCAAAUCCACAUGUACGAACAGAACAGCAGCUUUGAUAACCACGCGGACUGCCGGGUCAGACAGCAGCAGUGUGCGCUGAACAGCAAGCCGGCCGCUCUGCCUUCCCCGGGUGCGAACCAGGUGUCCAGCACGGUGGACUCGCAAGGUCUUGAGCCGCCGCAGAUAGAUUUUGAUGCAAUCAUGGAUGAUGGGGACCAUUCAAGCCUGAUGUCAGGAACCCUGAGCCCCAGCAUUCUGCAGAACCUCUCCCAGAACUCCUCUCGCCUGACGACUCCACGAAACUCUCUGACACUGCCCACCAUACCCACGGGAAUAAGCAAUAUGGCAAUAGGCGAUAUGAGCUCCAUGCUAACCACACUGGCGGAAGAGAGUAAAUUUCUAAACAUGAUGUCAUAA